AUGAAGUGCAACUUGCUUCUUUGCCUCGCUGUUUCCGUUAUUCUAUUCAGUUUACCACAACUUGAUGGUUCUGCUAUCCACCCUGGACAACGAGGAAGGAAAAAAGUUUUAAUCCUGGGAGCGGGAGCUGCUGGAAUCACGGCUGCCAAGACACUUUACGAUAAAGGUAUCACAGAUUUUCUCGUAUUGGAGGCUCAAGACUACAUUGGUGGCCGAAUGAAGUCAGUGCCUUUUGCUGGUAUGAAGAUCGAAGAAGGAGCAAACUGGAUUCAUUUCGCGGAAGAGCACGACGUUAAUCCGCUUCUACCCUUACAAGAAAAGCACAACUUAAAAGGACGUCUGUCCAAUUAUAGCGACUUUUGUAUGAGGUGAGUUAGCUAACAUCGUUAAUCAAACUACUUGCGACAGUCGUUUCGAUUGACCCACAAAGAAUAGGAUGCUUGUCAGAAAAUCGAAACUGAAACCCAAAGAAGGACCAAUCUGGGCGUGGUUCAUGCUUAUUUCAACCCCUCAAGGAGACCAGGCUCCGACAAAGUAUAAGGCAUUUCAGCAUUUCCUUUUAUAUAUAUAUGUGCUAGAUAAAAGUAGUUGAGCUGGACGAAAUAUUAUAUCAUGAAACUCGGAGUAGCAAUAAAUGGUAACGACCACUUAGUCCAGUCCGCCUGUUUACUUAUAUUGAUUCUGCUCUAGUCUAACUGCAGUGUAUUGAGCACUCUUAUGGUCCAUGAGGACAUCAGUCUGCAUGGAUACUCGGCAGUCAUAUACUAAAUAUAUAUUUCUUUACGCGCAACCCAUAGCAAUACUAUUUUAUUAUAGGUAAAAAAAUGUUGCUGAAUUUAUGUGACUCUCCACUUUAGAGAGCGGCGCGUAGCAGCUUCGCUCUGUUGCAGAAAUCGCGCCGACAUCACGGUUCUCAAGUGUGAACAUGUAUAGAAGCCCUAUUCGGCAUAGUCUGCUACACAGCCGUUUUUAGUGUCGUCACGCAACGCUCCUCCCCACUAUAUUCGGUAUGGUUUUUGUGCGGGCGCAAACGCUAUCCGGAAAGAGUGUGAACAUAGCGUUAGCUGCUUGAUAAAAUCAAAAUUUUGCGCCUCACUUUUCCAUGCGCCCAAGCAGUCUAACCAGAGCUUAGUACAAUAUGCAAAUUUAUAGCUGAAAUUUUGAAAGAACCUUUCGCAUGAGGGAUGUAUCAGAAGUAUAGUAUACAGCUAUUUCGAGGAAGAUUGUCGGAAAAAAUGUGCACGCGACAAUUCCGAAAGGUAAUAUGGGAUACGAUCAAUUCACUGUUCCUGACGUUGUAGCUUUCGAACCUACUUUUGUUACCUUCCUAUUGCACUUGCAAACAUAUAUCCAUGGCCUCUCGUGCCAUUCUCUCAAAUUUCUUUGAAGAAUAGUGAACUCAAAACCACCCACAAUACCUUUCGAGAUCGUCGCGUGCACUUUUUCCGACAACCUUUCUCGAAAUAGCUGUGUGUAUAGAAGAUAUACUCUACAAUUGAUGUUAAUAUGUUUUAAUAAAUUCAUGUUUGCAUUUUCUCACAGAAACGAUUUUGGCAAAGAUGUAACCAAUCUGCGUCUGUAUAAAAAAUGGGAGGAAGUAAGCGAAAAGUUGUUUGAGAUGGGCGAGGAAAGGGGAGACGAAGAUCAUCCUCCCAGAGAUAUGCCUAUUUCGGUUGCACUUAAGCUUCUUGGCUGGCGCUCAAACACUCCAGCAAAGAAGGCCUUGUCGUGGUUUGAGCUCGAUUUUGAAUACGGUGUUGGCGAGAAAGAGACUUCCUUAAACAAUAUGGCAUUUCCUCCCGAGGAGGAUUUCUUCGUUACUGAUCAAAGAGGCUACUGGACGAUUUUCGGUGACUUUUACAAGCCUUUUCAAGACAAAAUCUUGCUGAACAAGGCGGUUCGGAAGAUUCGAUAUUCUGACGACAGCGUUACCGUUGUUACAAAUGACGGGGAGGUCUACAGUGCAGACUACGCUUUGUCCACGUUCAGUUCUGGCGUUCUUGGCAGUAAUUUCAUAAGGUUCUCACCCCCCUUACCUAAGUGGAAGAGAGAAGCAAUUUAUCGUUUUAGACCUGUUUACUUCACAAAGAUUUUCCUGAAGUUCCCAUAUGAUUUCUGGGAUGAUCAUGAAUGGAUUAUGCAUGCCUCCCAAAAACCAGGCAAUUUUCCAACUUUCUACGACCUGAAUCGACCAGGAUUCUUUCCUGGAUCUAACGUCCUUUUCACAGUGGUAACGGGGGAUGAAGCACUGAGGGUAGAAAAACAACGCGAGUCGAAAACAAAGAAAGACGUAAUGGAUACCCUAAGGAAAAUGUAUGGCAACAAGAUACCGGAAGCGACUGGUAAGUAGCGUCGUUUUGGUCCUUACUCUCACCAUAUAAAUUAGAAACCUGAAACGCUAUUUUAAGAAACUUUUACUACAAAUGUGCCUUGCAAUAUUAAGCCUUAAAUUAAAAUAUUCCCAGUUGAUUUAAAAUGUCUAUCAAACUUUUGUCUGUGUUCAUGGAUAGGAUUGUUGGCUAAAGGGAGCGAAAUUUGAAACUAACAAUCCGAGUGCGGAAGUCUUUAUCUGAGUCAAAGUGUAUAGUAUUCUUGAGCGCAAGUUAUAAUGUAGAUUUAAAGGUCUGCAUGGUUAUUGGCCUGACUGGUCAAUUAAGUGAGGAUAUUAUUAUUAUUAUUUUUUAAUAUUAUUAUAAUUUUUACUAUUAUUAUUUUUACUACUACUACUAUUUGUCUCUGGUUGAGUCGUGACGUUUUUUGCUUUGAUGACUCUCAUUGGUUCGAAUCUGACGGAUUUUUUACCAUGAUACUACCCAUGUUAGGUGAUCCUGAAGAAGAUUUUCAAGGUAAGACUUCGUUAAUCAACCCUAUUAUUUCAAUGAGUAUAUAUCGCGUCUUCCAAUUAAUUCAGUUCUAAUUUUUUAUAUAUGUUUUAUACGGAGUGUACCUUAAAGGUUUUUUUUCUGUGUUGCAUUCAGAUAUCCACGUCAGCAAAUGGUCACAGAACCCAUUCGUGCGCUGUGCAUGGACAGAUCCUGUGGUGGGAACGAGCUGGGGACACUACGAAAACAUGUCCGGUCGACUGAAGAAUCUUUUCUUCGCAGGCGAGAGCACCAGUCAAGAAUAUUAUGGCUAUGUACAGGGAGCGUACUUUACUGGGCGUGAUAAAGCUGAAGAGAUCGUCAGCUGCAUCAAGGGGGAAGAGUGUGAAGCAUACACGUCUGCCACAGAAGAAAUUUAA